UGUUUGUUUGUUUGUUUGUUUUUGGACCACAAUAGGUCGCGGUGUGAUGACGUCAUCUCUUCACCCUAAAACUGAAGCAUUAACCACAACAACUCGUGAUGUGAUUUAUUCCCCGCCCGUGAACGAAAGUGUGAACGAAAAUUAAUAGUCGUAACCACAAAUGUAUCGCGAUUAAUAGAAUACGAAGUAGAAUUAAAACGGGAACUAAUAUCGAGAGCGAAAGAGAGAGAGAGAGAAAAAAAAAGAAAUACAAUUUGGUUCUGUGGUUGCGACGGUGACGUGAGUGAUCCGUGAACUGUCCAAUCAGCUCGGCUUGCUCGUGUAUACGAGCCAUUCAGCGAGCAGAAGGCGGGACUUGUCAGAUGCAGCUAUGAGGAACAAUACGCCUGUCAAAACCAUCCCAUGUUCAUGUGAGAACACAUGAUGGAGAUCCGCCGCUGUCAGAGCUUCUGUUUUAGGCUGCGUUGAUUCAAAAGACAGCUCGUUUCUGUUCUCUGAAGAUGACGAAGGAAUUGAGGUGGACGAUGACUGAAACGAAUUCCUUCGACUCUUUUCUUGUCCACUGAACACUCCUGCGCUCCUGGGAUUCGGCGCCGAAAAAACCCCCCAGAACACACACAUGAAACAAUGGACAAUAAACGGAGGGAGAAUACGAGAAGCGGAUACUUUGGCAAUGUCAAGAACAGGCUGGGCACCAGGCUGCCGUCAGGCUUCGCACAGCCCCCGGACUUCGUCACGGCGCCGUGGGGCGCCUCUGUUAACGUUAACGCGAGCCGGGACGUUACGGCCACGGAGCGCCAUCACAUCCGCAACCCCAAGCUGAGACAGUAUUACCUCAAAGAGGCUGCUUUUCCAUCUGACACGUCAACGACAAGGACGUUGGAAUCGGCAGCGGAAUCAAGCAGGAGAGAUGAGCAAGCGGUUCAUCAGGAGGACACAGUGUUCAGUAUAGCCUCCCAGUUUAGUGCCAGACCAGCAGAUACCACCUCAAUCACACAGAAACACUCGUGGACGCUCGCUGACCUUUCUGAGCCCAAACUGGAUGCCGUGACCCCGACGACCCCCGUGUCCCCAUCCACUGACGCUGAAUAUGACAAACUGCUGGACGUGGAGGCGGUGCCGUUGCCUGACGGACAGCGCUGUCUAUUGGCUCUGCCGCCCGAGUGCACGCAGGGGGCGGGACCAGCGGACCUGCCGUGUCUCAAGCUAUUCUGUCGCUUCGUGACCGACCGGAAAGGCGUGGUUUCUGGCAUUCUCCUCGUAGCAGCCAGUAAGAUCUUCUUCGACCCGUAUAAGUCCCUCCCCCUGGUGCAGGAGAACGGCUGCGAAGAGUACCUCUUCUCCUGUCCGGUGGACGAUCUGUCGUCCGUCACCUUCUUCUCCGACGUCGCUCACGUUCACUUCAGCAGGUCCACACCGAGGUGGAAACGUCGUAAGAAAGCAUCAAAGGGUAAAACUUCGAAAGACCCGAUCAUCCACAUCACCGCACGUCGAUCCACGUCCGCCUCGACAGCGGGAUCUGCCGCGACCCGCGACGCGCGGGUGGAAACCGCGGAGGACGAGGUCGGGGAGAGCAGGGACAUGGCCGAGGUCGAGCGACAGCUGGAGCAGCUCACGCUGGAGCUUAACACCGAUCAACAUCUGUGUUCAGAAAAGCAGCUAUCGGGACAUAGCAGGACCAGCUCUAUGAUGUUUGUGAGGAUGCGUCAGAAGCCCCAGCUGGUGAAGAAGAAGGGUUUGGGGACGCUGGAGUUCAGAAAAGCCAAAACAGCGCCAUGCAGAGACGCCUGGUUCCUCCUGAAACAAGAGAGUUCAGACGAGCUGUACGCGUACCUGAGCCACCACCAGCCUGACCUGUGCAUCCUGGAAGGAGGAGGCGAGGAAGAGGAGGCAGAGCGGGACGAAGACGACUUCGUGAUUCUCAGCGACGGAGAAGAGGAAGGAGAGGAAUACGUCCAAGACGGACGCGCCGGAGACGAGUGGGAGAUGGUGUGUGUAGAGGACAGCAGGGUGAAGGAGUCUCUCUCUAUAGACAAAGAGCCUGAUGGACUGAGUGACAUUGUGAAGCAGAGCCUCAUAUUGAACGCACAGCACGUCCGAGAGCUGUCGAGCGAGCUUCCUCCUCGGACAGUGGGUCACUCUUGGAGAUUAACCUACAGCACGAGCAAACACGGCGCCAGUCUCAAAACACUCUACAGGAAGCUGAGCGUCUCGGACUCGCCCGUCCUCCUCCUCAUCCGAGACGACGACGAGCAGGUGUUUGGCGGUUUCCUCUCUCACCCCUUGCACCCGAGCGACACGUUUUACGGUACAGGAGAGACCUUCCUCUUCCUCCUUCACCCUCGAUUUAAGUGCUUCCGUUGGACAGGUGAAAACUCCUUCUUCAUUAAAGGUGACCUCGACUCCUUUGCCAUCGGCGGCGGAAGGGGACACUUUGGCCUGUGGCUGGACGAGUCUCUGUACGUGGGCAGGAGCAGUCCGUGUUACACCUUUAACAACUGCAGCCUGUCUGAGAAGAGCGACUUCCAGGUGCUGGAGCUGGAGGCCUGGACCUUCUGGUGAUCUCACAGUUCCGCAGAUCCGAGCUGUAAAAGGGCUGCCCGGUGGUGGAGUGAGAAUUAUUCUGAAGACCCGGAGAUCUCCGAGACGUUUAAGAUCCGCCAGGAGUCCGCGGGGCGGAAAAGCAAUAUCGGAUGAACGUUUGUUCGUAUCGGGGACGUCACGUACGUUUCAAGUCCUCACACGGAGGACCUCGACGAAAGGACACGAUCGUCGUUAAAUCGUAACAAUUGUAACGACCGCCGUUUCUUCUCCGCCGCGUACGAUCGUACGCAACCCCGACGCCUUGUAGAAUAGAUCGGAUCGAUGGAGCUCCGUCGAUUUAAAAAACCACACGUUUAUCUCCGAUAUUCUCACGUCCAUCGCUUUCACCGUUCAUCUACCCCAGCGUGAAAUAGCGUCUUAGCUGCAAAUGUAUCUCCACGUAUCUCCUUCGGAAACGAGAAGUGACGUGUCGAACCGCACGACCGGUUUAAACACCAACAGCCGAUAGCGUUCGAGAUGAACCUCACACACACACACACACACACACACACACCCCACCCCCACCCCCAUCCUAACCAAACCUGUCCGUAGUGUAGCGAAAAUAACCUACUAGCUAAAUACGUAGAACAGCGAAGAGUUUCAGAUCUUCGGACAUAUAGGACGGAACUACCGCAGAAUCACCGUGACACCGAUACAUGACCGCGUGCCGUUAACCACAACCAUGCGGGUGAGUCCCUCCAGGAUUCUGCGAUCACAGAAUCAAGGAAACGCCUUAAAUAAUCGGAAGAGGUCGAGCGUUUCGAGUUGCGGUCUGGAGAAAGCGGGGCAGAAAUAUAAAUAAAAAACUCACGGACUUUCUGGACUCGCGUAGCUCGACGAUACUUUCAUUCAACGUCGGUAGUGUAGGGAAAUCCGAUCGGAGGUGUGAAGACAUCACGAUGCACACGAUACCUCAGAAACGUGUAUCGUGACAUCAUCUUAUUACCAUAUUAAUAUUUUAUCGUUAUAUCGCCCAGCCUGAAAACGACUCCCCGCCCCCAUCGUUUGCUUUCAUAUCAGUCCGUCCAGGAUUCCGUGAGUCUCGCAGGAACGAACGCAAAAAUCGAGCAAAACUCCAAAAUAUUCGGCGGAGCUUGCAGGUUUUUUUUUUUUUUUUAAUCACCGUCGGGUUUUCUGUAGAUCCGUUGCGGAGACGUGCGUUCACCCGAAAGCGCCCUUCGGUUCACGUGUACGGAUAAAAAAAUGUCUCGCGUACCGACAGACGUCGCUGUCAAAGACCGUGCAGAAGGAUUCCGUGCCAUUUCGCCAACUGUUCACCAAGCAAGUAGUUUUCCGCGAGAAAAAAAAAAAAACGCACGUUUUUUUAAAAAAGCUGCAGCAAAAUCGAGCGUUUUUUUUUUUUUUUUUGGCCCGCGACGAUCACAAACAAUAAAACUCCGAAAUCCCGCACGGACCGCGUAUUCACAUUCAAAACCCCCGACACACCGUUUUCUAUUUCACGUUAAGUCUCCGUCUCCGUUCGGACGCCUCGACGACGGGACGGAUUCCAUCGCGCUGGCUUUAAAACGGAGGCCGACUCUAAACCCGCACCGAUGUUAAUAACGGUACGUUCGAACACUGAGAAGCACUCUUAAAAUACACGAGGAGCACGAGACGUGGGAACGCGACCGUUUUUUCAUGGAGAGAUCACAAGACGGGGAAAACGCUUCCCACCCAAAAUAAACAACGACAAGCGUGAGAUUCUGAUCCGCGAAGGAUCGGCGGCCGUUUUUGCUUCACGGUUUUCGCUCACCGGGACAGACCCGUCGAGACCCGGUCGCCGACGUCACGUUAAAACGCCUCCUCCGAGCUUUAUCCUACAGGGGCUGUUAAGUGUUUCCAAGCUUCACUAGCUAGCACGUUAGCUAGCUGCUUUUAUUUAAAGGAAGUGUACGGUUUGGAAAUCGAACCUGCGUUUAAAAAGGGAAUUGUUACUAAGUACGUCACGCGUACACCUCAUCUUAUCUCAUCAUUGUAACUAUUAUAUAUUAAUAUAUAUAUAUAUAUAUAUACACACAUAUUAAACAAUAAAUCUUCUAAUUAAAAUCACGGUGGUGUUUUUGCCAGCAUGAAGGUUCCAGACGUCGUACGCCAUUUUACUGCACAACAAAUACAUCGGUACAGGGGACGUAUUCAUACAGCGAACAGGACACUUCAAAUGAAACAGGUUUGCUCUUGUUUGCACUGAUGCUACGACGCUGAUGUGGCUAACGAGUAAUAAAAAAAAUAUCUAUCUCAGCCAAAAUGUUGUUUUUUUUUUUUUUUUGUUUUUUUUUUGGGUGUAAAUUUCCUCCUCAAACCGCAUCCAGUUCUUCAGUAAAGUCGAAGAUGUGGUUUAGGACCGAGUAGGACUUCCUGUUCGCUAUAAAACCAUGAAUUAAACCCUACCGUGUAGCCGUACGGUGUAAUAUUAUGACGGCGGCCAUCUUGGACAGCUGAAAUCACUUUGUUUUGCUUAAUCUUUUUAGUACAUUUUUUUUAUUUUUUUUUUGGUAUAUAUUCUCGCCGGACUUGAAGGUUGAAUUUCUUUGUACGUUUCUCAUGUGCGAACGUUUAUAGAUGCCAUAAAUUACCAAGUGCCUUCACGGCACAGCUGAAAACUCGCACGAGUCGAAUUCGCACAAUGAGCUAAUGAGCCCGUAGAGCUAAAGCCUGGAUUACGUACACUCGCGUUUAGCUAGGCAUGUGCGUACACAAGAUGGCCGCCUAGCCUGGCACACCCCGUGCUAGUUUCGAGCGUCGCUUCGAGCGCGGCCUCCAAAAUGAACGUGUGCUGCGAUACCGACGUGAACACCGGGGGGCAGUAAAGCACCAUGUCACACUGCGUCUGCAAAUAACUAAACGGACUAGCGUAGCGUCUCAAAUCGAAUGCCGAACUAUUCAGUACUAAUAUUAGCCGGUUCUCAUGUUUUUACUUACUUAUUUAUUUAUUUAAAACCCUCUCAUGUAGGCUUCAAACCUACUAAACGCUCUAUGUCGUGUGGAUCUUCUAGACGUUUGAACGGAAGGUCAGAGUUUGAAGGACGACAGAAAGCCACGCGACGUCGCGUGGUCAUUAGCGGUCAGCCGCGUUAGCGAUCGUAGCUCGAGUGCAAAACUCCAGGCGCGAACGUCGGACAUCCGUCUGCCCGCGGUACUUUAACGAAAAGGUGCGAAUUUGAUUUGGAGGCAGAUUCCUACCUACUUGAAAUCGAUACGUUUAUACACCGAGAUCACGGUAUGGUCACACGGUCUCAAUCUCCCGUUUACCUCCAAAAAAAAAACCAACCAUUUAAGUAUAAUAUGAUCGUCAGAGAUUAAAUCAUAACAUCAUGAUGACCUUUGCAGGAUGACUAAAUU